AUGAGUGGGACUUACAGAGACCUAUGGCUGGAUUAUAAAUCUGCGCUUGAUUGUCUGAAAAAAACGUUCCUCAAGAAACCGAAUUACUUUCAGAUCCUAGCGGGCUUGACGGAUGUGGCGUUACGCUUUCAAGAUGAAGAGUGUGAACAGUAUGCAGGUAUGUGCUAUAUUCAGAUAGCGAAAAUUCAUGAAAAGCAAGGCGAUUGGAGUUCACAGUAUGGUAAUUAUCUAAAAGCUGCUAGGUGUUUCAAGAAAGCGGAGUUGAGGAAUUAUGAAAUGAACAUAUUUGCUUGUUCUGAUUAUUCGAACUUUAUGCAAGAUUGUUAUAAUCGAGCUAUCAAUCUCAUUUUUGAUCAUGAUGGAUUUUGGCUUGCUGGUUUGCACUGCACUGAGUUGGGCUCUACACUGUGUAGUAUUGACGAGCAUCAGCUAGCUUUGCCAUAUUUGUUACGAGGAGCUGAACUUUUGAAAGUCGAAUUUCAUAGUAGGUUAGCAGCUUUACAAAAGCUAGCUGCAUGUCAGGCUGAGUUGGAGUUGUACUCAGACGCCCUUUCAACUGUAGAUGACCUGUGGACACUUCAUAUGAAAAAUACAAAUAACCCGAAAUUCGGCUAUGGCGAUGAACUUUUAAAAGAUUGUGAAAUCGCAACUGUACUUCUUCUUCUGUUUAAGAAAAAUGACGAUAUAUCAGGACGGCAUCGUUUAUUACUCUCUCUUUAUGAUAAGUCAUCGCUGAUACCUGAUAAGAAAACAUCACCAGAAUGGAAUGUGCCAUGGAAAAAAUUGCCUCCAAAAGAUUCUUCAUUAUCCAAAGAUUUGUAUUUCUACUUUUACGAAUUUGUGCUGGCUAUCCGUUAUGGUAAUGUAAAAAUGGCCAAAAGAAGUUUUGAUUCUCUUGAAAGUCGUUUAAACUUAAUGUGUAUCAAGUUAGCCAUGAAAAUGUUACAUGAUAUGAUGCAUAAAGGUGGACUGGAUAAACGAGGUUUCGCUGAUAAAUUCAUUUCGGGAUAA